AUUUUGAUCCAUGCUGACGUCUGGGACACAAGUUCCGCAUUCCCGAGCGCUCAUAGACCUGAGCAGCACUACUUAAACGGGCUGAUGCAACGAGCUGUGCUGCUAGCCCCAAACAAGCACACUACACCCAACUCCAGAGUCCCACACCGGGCCAACACGAGCUCCUGCGGGGUUUGGACGCACUACAGGGGUGGUGGUGUCCGGGUGGGACAUGAUGCCGGGACAGAUUCCUGACCCUGCUCUGGCAGCGGGCUCCCUUCCCAGUCUGGGGUUGGCGGGCAUCUCAGCUACCACACUCACCGACCAACUCAAACUGGCAGACUUUCGACAGCUGGGCUCCAUGCUGGCCCCCCUACACUUCCUGGGCCGGCUGGGGAAGAGGCCACUGCUCAUAAAGACUGAGAUGGAUGAAGAUGAAGAAAGAAGGAAGCGACGAAGAGAGAAAAACAAGGUGGCCGCUGCACGCUGUCGAAACAAAAAGAAGGAACGAACAGACUUCCUUCAGCGGGAAUCGGAGCGUCUAGAAAUGGUGAAUUCUGAGCUAAAAGCUCAAAUUGAAGAACUUCGUCAGGAGAGACAGCAACUCAUGAUGAUGCUAAACCUGCACCGGCCCACCUGCAUAGUGAGGACAGACAGUGUGAAAACACCAGAGAGUGAGGCCAACCCUCUGCUGGAGCAGCUGGCCCUAGACAAGAACUGAAGACAUCAGACAGUAGAGAACUGGAAAUACAUUUCUAUGAAGCACUUGAGCUCUGAGCUGGACACUUUGGAGACUCUGCCCUAAAACCUGCAGGACAGCAACAGGAGCUGGCUCUGCCUGUUGAAAUUCUGCACAAAGUGGAUGGAGACACCUUCUGUGCCUAGAUGAAUCAUGAACCACCUCUUCGUAAAGGGACCAAUGAAAGCAUAAGAUAAUCACAGGAAACAACAGCGUGGAUACACUAAUAGCAACAAGGUGCUCGGUUUCAAAAGCCCUGUGUAUUUUGGCACUAUUUUCUAUAAACUUUUGUUUUCUCCAUAUGAACUGCACCAGGGUGGAUUAUUUUUUAUUCAUGGUAUGCCUGGACUGUGUGCUGGUAACGCUUAUAAAUGGAGACGCUGGCGUCCUACAAAAAGCACAUAUUGAUUCAUUGUUUACAACUUGUUUUAAGUGUUCAUUAUUGAACAUAUUUUAUACUGCUUUGUAUUCAUAAAUAUGUACAAUAACA